AUGAAAAUAAAUACAAUUAUUUGAUUGAUUUUACACGUGCAUACUAUCUUCCAGAGCUAUGAUUCCAUUGCUUCUGUUAUCGGGGUUUCUCACCUUCGCCUUGAGUGUCCCCCAUGAGUAUGUCUUUGUAAAUGAGUCAAAGACUUGGGCAGAAGCUCAGCGAUACUGUAGAGAAAAAUACACUGAUCUGGCCACCAUUGAAAAUGAACAACAGACACUCCAGUUGAUCGAUACAGUGAAUGAUGUUUCCAUUGAUUUGGCUUGGAUUGGACUCUACGAUGAUGUACAUAAUUGGAAAUGGACUCUAGAGGAAACUGAUUUCUUCAAGGUGGGAGAGAAAGACUUUAGGAACUGGUAUAACCCAGGACCAUACAAUUAUGGAGGACGAAGUCUGUGUGUGUAUAUGGACAAUGGAAUAUGGUAUGCGACAUACUGUUUCGAUAAUCGUGCUUUUAUCUGCUAUGAUGGAAGACAGAAUGCCAGUGCUAGUUAUGUGUUUGUCUACCAAUAUGUAACCUGGACUGAAGCGCAGAGAUACUGCAGAGAACAUCACACAGACCUUAUCAGUAUCAGGAAUGAGACUGAAAACCAGAAGAUCCAGCAUUUAUUAAAUAAUUAUUAUUAUUAUUAUAAUGUUUGGAUUGGACUGUACAGAACCAGAUCUUGGUCAGAUCAGAGCAACUCUUCAUUCAGUAACUGGAGAACAGGACAGCCAGAUAAUUCUGGACCCUGCACUGUAGUCUCAUUCAGUGACUCUGGGAGAUGGACUGAUGAAUACUGCGAUUAUAGAUUUCCUUUCAUUUGCUACAGUGUGUCAUCUUUGACAUCAUCCCGUCAGUAUCACUUUGUGAAUGAGUCUAAGACCUGGACUGAAGCUCAGAGAUACUGCAGACAGAAUUACACUGAUCUGGCCACCAUUGACAACAUGGAGGAAAUGAACAGACUGAUUAACACAGUUAAUGGGAAUUACAACGGUUCAGCCUGGAUUGGAGAGUAUGAUGAUGUGAACAGCUGGAGAUGGUCACUGGAAGACAGUGAUUUCUACCAGGAAGGAGAGAGAGAUUUCAGGAACUGGUAUCAUGAACCGGACAACUAUGGUGGAAAGGAAUUGUGUGGUUACAUGAAUUAUAUGGGGAACUGGUUUGAUAUAUCAUGUGACAACACGCUGCCAUUAAUUUGCUUUGAUGGUAGAGGGAGUGCAACAGAAAGUUUCAUCAGAAUCAAUGAGUGGAAAACCUGGUCAGAGGCUCGUAGAUACUGCAGAGAUCAUUACACAGAUCUGGUCAAUGUGAGAAAUCAGACUGAGCACCAGAGGAUCUUUGAGACAACAGGUGGAGGAGUCUGGAUAGGACUGUACAGAAACAGGAUUUGGUCCAACGGUCAGAAUACCAGUUAUGAAGACUGGAGACCAGCCGUUCCCUAUUCACCUGAACAACCAGAUAAUGGGGAUUAUGUUUCUGGCCAGUGGGGCUUGCAGCACUGUACUGCUGUAUCAUUCAGUCAUUUAGGUAGAUGGACUGAUGAGAACUGCUUAUCUAGCUUGACUUUUAUCUGCUAUGACAGAAUCUGCACACAAUCUUCAUGCACCCGUCAGUAUCACUUUGUGAAUGAGGCUAAGACCUGGACUGAAGCUCAGAGAUACUGCAGACAGAAUUACACUGAUCUGGCCACCAUUGACAACAUGGAGGAAAUGAAUAGGCUCUUUAAAAGAGUACACAGAACUUACUAUGGCAAAGCCUGGAUUGGUCUCUAUGAUGAUAUAAACAGCUGGAGAUGGUCACUAGAUAAUGUAAUGUUUGAUGGAGGAUUUAAAAGCUGGUUCGUUCAGCAACAAGUGAACUCAGGAGGAGAGAGUUUGUGUGUCUACAUAUCAUAUUAUCGGGGAAUAUGGAGGGAAGCCUUUUGCUCCUAUAGAUAUCCUUUUUUUUGCUAUGAUGGAAGAGCGAACGCUAGUACAAGUUAUGUGCUUGUGAACCAGGGCAAAACCUGGACUGAGGCGCAGAGUUACUGCAGAGAACAUCACACAGACCUCAUCAGUAUCAGGAAUGAGACUGAAAACUUCAAACUUCAAUCAUUAUUUCCAUAUUAUUACAAUUUUUGGAUUGGACUGUACAGAACCAGAUCUUGGUCAGAUCAGAGCAACUCUUCAUUCAGUAACUGGAGAACAGGACAGCCAGAUAAUGCUGGAAACAGUGAAUACUGCACUGCAGUGUCAUUUAGUGAGUCUGGGAACUGGACAGAUGAAAACUGCAACACUGCAUUACCUUUCAUUUGUUACAGUGCAUUAGCAUCAUCCCGUCAGUAUCACUUUGUGAAUGAGUCUAAGACCUGGACUGAAGCUCAGAGAUACUGCAGACAGAAUUACACUGAUCUGGCCACCAUUGACAACAUGGAGGAAAUGAACAGACUGAUUAACACAGUUAAUGGGAGUUACAACGGUUCAGCCUGGAUUGGAGAGUAUGAUGAUGUGAACAGCUGGAGAUGGUCACUGGAAGACAGUGAUUUCUAUCAGGAAGGAGAGAGAGAUUUCAGAAACUUUUAUCAUGAACAAUGCUGGGAAUGAACUGUGUGUUUACAUGGAUAAUAAUGGAAAAUGGUAUGAUCUGUCAUGUGAAAACACUCUGUCAUUUGUUUGCUAUG